GCAGCGGCGGCCGCGCGGGUCUGGCGGGAGUCGCUCCGGAGACUGCGCUGCCUCUGCAGAUUGACCUGAAGAGAAGAGAAGGCAGUGUAUCCCUGGAGGCCCGUUUUGGGCAGACAGAGGCUGCCAUGGCUGCCGUUGACAGCUUCUACCUCUUGUACAGGGAGAUUGCCAGGUCUUGCAAUUGCUACAUGGAAGCGCUGGCCCUGGUUGGAGCUUGGUAUACAGCCAGGAAAAGCAUCACCGUUGUCUGUGACUUUUACAGCCUGAUCAGGCUGCAUUUUAUCCCUCGUCUGGUCAGCCGGGCGGACCUGAUUAAGCAAUAUGGAAGAUGGGCCGUCGUGAGUGGUGCUACUGAUGGGAUUGGGAAAGCCUACGCAGAAGAGUUAGCCAGCCGGGGCCUCAAUAUCGUCCUUAUCAGCCGGAACCUGGAGAAGCUGCAGCUGGUAGCGCAGGACAUAGCCGACACCUACAAAGUGGAAACUGAUAUCAUCGUUGCAGACUUCAGCACUGGCCGUGAGAUCUACCAACCAAUUCGAGAAGCCUUGAAAGACAAAGACAUUGGCAUCUUGGUAAACAAUGUGGGGGUGUUUUACCCCUACCCCCAGUAUUUUACCCAGGUCUCUGAGGACAAACUCUGGGACAUCAUAAAUGUGAACAUUGCGGCAGCUAGUCUAAUGGUCCACAUAGUGUUACCUGGCAUGGUGGAGAGGAAGAAAGGCGCGGUGGUCACCAUCUCUUCCGGCUCCUGCUGCAAACCGACCCCCCAGCUGGCUGCAUUUUCUGCUUCUAAGGCUUACUUAGACCACUUCAGCAGAGCACUGCAGUAUGAAUAUGCUUCUAAAGGGAUCUUUGUACAGAGCCUGAUCCCAUUCUAUGUGGCUACCAGCAUGUCCGCUCCGAGCAGCUUUCUGCACAGGCUCCCCUGGUUGGUGCCAUCCCCGAAAGUGUACGCUCAUCAUGCAGUUUCCACCCUUGGCAUUUCAAAGAGGACCACUGGGUACUGGUCCCACUCGAUUCAGUUUCUUUUUGCACAGUACAUGCCUGAAUGGCUCUGGGUGUGGGGAGCGAACAUUCUCAAUCGAUCUUUGCGUAAGGAGGCCUUAUCCUACGACGCAUGAAAGCUGGUGAUGGUUCUGGAAGUUUUGCCAGCUCCUGGGAACCUACAGUAUUCUGACCUUGGAGAUACAUAUUUCAUUUCUCUGCUGUCUUGUCUUUUGUUCCUGAUUACUUAGCAUACAGUGGACUCACCAUUUGCAAAGCAAACAUAAGUGUUUUACUGAAGGCUGUGGAAAACUUCAAGGGCCAUGGAAAUGGCAGAGGCACAAGGACCGAUUGAAGAAACUUAAAUGUUGAUGCUUCCCCCCACACCCCAAACUGUUAAAAAUUGUGUGAUUUAUGUUAUUCUAGGAAGUACAGUGAUCUGAUGCUGAAAUAUACUGAUAAUGUGAGUUGUCAGCUCUUUCAUUUCGGAUACUGUUUUUUUAUGGACACUGACCUAAUUCAGUAGGUGAACUUCUAGUAUUGGUUUUCAAAUGUUCACCAGGAAAGACUAUGUAAAGGUGUUACUUUGUGAGUAAGAUUGCUGUGUGUGCUGGGAGUAUUAGCAGUAGAUCUGUGUAUGUUAUAUUGUGUAGCUCUAUUCGUCUGACCCUGUGUGGAAAUGCUGCUCUUCCACUGACACUUCCGUAGAGAACAGCACGUGCGCGAUUGUGGUGUGCAUUAACGACUUUAUUUAUGGGUAAGUUAGUCAAGAUGGCUUAACAUGGAAACUUAUGGGGUAUUAAAGUUCUAGAUUAUUCCUUUUCAUCUUAAACAAGCCUCCCCAAUUUUGUGCUAUAGGUUUGCUCUGUAUGAUAUUACUUACUACAUUCUGCUAUUCUUUUUAAGGUAUGGUGGAAAUCAUUCCUAGAUUUGAACAUGUCAUCUCUUGAUUUAUAAUUAUCGUGGAUAAGUAGUGAUUUCAAACCUGUGAUCCAUUUUAUAUCUAAAAUGUAGCCCUUUAGAGCUCAUUGUAGCUGGUGUUCAUACACUUUUCUAUGUAAUAUUCCAUUCUAGUAGUGUUAUUGGUGUUAACAUCAAAUGUUUAUGGAUAGUAGUUAAAAAACGGACAAAUUAUGUGUACUGUGAUCUAUUGUAUCUGUUGACAUAAGUUAAAAGAUCAUUCUUGGUUUGUGUCAUGAGAUUCUGCCUUGGUAUGGACUCUUAACUGCUGCGCAGAUAAUUGUGUACAACAACCAUGACAUGGUUAGCAUUGAAACCAGCUGCACAUGUUUUGGGUUUGGGUCCUGUAAAACCAAGCAGUUUUGAGGACCACAUGCCUAGUGCUUUGAAAGUUAUAAAUCACUAUAGGAAUAUGACAAUAUGUGCAAAGUAAAAUUUCAGUUUAAUACUGUGGCACUGAUGCAGAAGCAAGUAAAUGGAUUGAAAUCAGGACUUUUGUGGAAUUGUUUUCUCCUGGAGUGAUAACCCAUGGUGAGUAGGCUCGAACAUGCCUUUAUGUUACAUACAAUUUUGCCAGUGAUAUCGCCUGUGCCUUUCCAGGUAUGACUUGGAUUCAGAAGGGCAUGGUUACAUUCAGAAGCUCUUCCACUUCCAGCUCAGGCCUUACCUUGUGAAAGUGCACAGCACUACAGAGCACGGACAUGUUAAUGGGGUUAGCUUGGAAGCCUUUAAUUUGUCUGAUUUGUCAUUUUCUGUCACCCAACAAUUAUAGUCAUUAAGACUAGGAAAAAUGUGACUUUGUGCCACUGAACUCAAAUUGAUGUAUAAUAAGAAGCAGCAACUUUAUGUAAAAAUACUGUCAGAUGAUUAUUUCUGAGAUGUUGUGGAAUGGUUUGUGUUCCUAGAUUAGGUAUUGAAUUGUUAUAUGAUGAGAAAAGGAAGCCACGCCAGUCAUGUAGACUUCUCUCUUGGCAGGAUGCAUACUGAUGUGCUCAUUGUGCCAAGUUAGUGAAAGAUCACAACCAAGACUCUUCCCUUGCUCUCCUCUUUCACAAGACACUUCUUGUGAGAGCUCAUUUGAGAGUCCUCACUGGGCCACUGUAGAUGCAGCGUGAAAUAGGAGGGUUUGAAGCAAUCUGUGAAUGAAAAUUUAACAAUCAAAGCAGGUGCUUCUGCAUCCUUUAGAAGGGGUGUUGCUCAAGAUGUUUUUGGCUGUUGUUUAUAAUAAGAGACACAUUUUUCCCUCAUAGAAAGUUAAAAAAAUUCCAAAAAAUAAAUCUUGUGAACAACUGAGGUAGUAAUUCUUUAAACACUGAUGAUUCAGCUUGUACAAUACAGGUGACCAUAGAGUCCUUGAAAGUACUAAGUUGAUCUCUUGGUCUCAUUCUCUUGAUAGGGUGAGUGAGAUGAAGGUUGAUUUUGAUCAUUGAUUUUGGCAAUGUGCAGAUCACUGGUAGUUUUGCCACCACUAUUUCGUCAGUGGUGGGGAUGAAAAGUAGAUUGUAGUGAGUUCAAGAAGGGGAGAAAGAAAGGGGAAACAGCAAAUAGAGACAGACUUUUGAGGAGUCUAUUGUUAUUUUUAAACCUCAGUUACUUAAAAUUUUGUCACAUUUGGGAACUGGAGGACUCAGUGGUGUCCUUAGUCUUGAUAUUGUGUGUGCCCUCUGAAACCAAGUCCAGUAUACUCGUGUCUCUGUCUCAGUAUUGGCUCCGCUGUUACCAUUUAAAAUAGUAUUUACUUUGAAUAAAGAUUUACCUUCCCAUGGACUUGUGAAUGCUUUAUUAUGCACAUGAACCAUGAG